CACUACCCACCCUGCGCAUCUUAAGGUAAAAGAAAAACAAACCUGCUAGUCGAAACCCUCUCUUUUCGAUCAGGCUACUCUCACGCUCCUCUACUCCCUCUGCAUAAAGCUUGGAUCAACCCACCCAAAAUACUCAUAUAAUAACACAUACAUAUAUACAUAUAAUAAUAAGAGGUGAAUAUUGAAAAUGGUAUCAGGGAGGUGGAUUGAAACAGGAGCGGAUCUGUGGAAAGAUAGGGCACAGUCCCUGCAGCUUCGUCUAAGAGACCGCCUUAGGGUCGCCGUCGAUCAUCACCGUCGCCGUCCUUUGAUCUCUGACGGCUACUUCUCAUCUACCGUCGAACGAUGGGUCCAGCGCUUUAGCGAUUUCCGUAGAGAUGCUCUCCCUUCUUCUUCCACUUUCUAUCGUAAAACAGUUAGCAAGGAUAUUGAUCCAGAAGCAGAUUCAGUUCUGACUCGCAUGCUUCAAGCUGUGGCUGUACCUGUGCUUGGAAAUGUUUGUCAUGUGUUUAUGCAUGGUCUCAAUCGUGUUCAGAUAUACGGUGCAGAAAAAUUACAUCAGGUGCUGGUCAACCGAGCGGAGAAUAAACCUCUUAUUACAGUGAGCAAUCAUGUUGCUGCUAUGGAUGACCCACUGGUUAUUGCUGCAUUGCUUCCCCCCAGUGUUAUGUUGGAUGCACAAAAUUUGAGAUGGACGCUUUGUGCAACUGAUCGGUGUUUCCGUAAUCCAGCAACGUCUGCCUUCUUCAAACAUGUCAAAGUUCUUCCAGUUUCCCGUGGUGACGGUAUAUAUCAGAAGGGGAUGGACAUGGCUAUUUCAAAAUUGAACCGUGGUGGAUGGGUACACAUAUUCCCAGAAGGUAGUCGCUCUCGAGAUGGUGGCAAAACUAUGGGUUCUAUUAAGAGAGGCAUCGGCAGAUUGGUUCUGGAUGCCGACAAGGUGCCAAUAGUCGUCCCAUUUGUGCAUACUGGAAUGCAAGACAUCAUGCCUGUAGGUGCCAAGCUUCCCAGGAUUGGAAAGACGGUGACUGUUCUGGUUGGUGAUCCCAUCGAGUUUGAUGACUUGCUUGCUGCGGAAGAAAAGGAUAAUAUGCCAAGAGGAAAAUUAUAUGAUGCUGUGUCGACAAGAAUUGGUGAUCGACUACAGAUGCUUAAGGCCCAAGUCGAUAAACUUGCUGUCCAG